GUAAUUCAGUACUGAGAUAUUUCUUCAACUCUUUCCUUCUCUCUCUCUCUCUCUUUGUUGUGUGAUGACAACACUUUCCUCUUUUCCUUUCAUCACCAUCAACCUCCUCCGUCCGGGCAACCAUUGUGCCGUUUUCCGACGAGGACGGUUUCAUUGCUGCAAAAGAGCAGGCACCGUGCGAUGUAACAAUAAUAAGGGGAAGGAGGCAAGAAAUGAUUCGGGCAGCGGCGGCAUGCCUGGAAAUGUGGUGCUGAAGGUGGCUUGGUAUGGCUCUGAGCUUCUGGGAGUUGCUGCUUCUCUCCUCCAAUCUCCGGCGGCUGAUAGGGAAACCGAAGGCGGAGAAGGAAAUACGGAGAUGGUCUGUGAUGAGUCUGGAGCGGUUGAACGAUCCGUUGUCGUGGCUGCCAUCAAAGACGACUUCUUGAGAUCAUACUUUGUCACGGGUUCUGCUCGAUCUCAACUUCAGUACUCUCUCCAUCCCUGAAAACACUUUCGUCCUAAUUUUUCGGGCACCCUACAAAAUACUUUUUUGUAAGUUCAGGGAAGGUGACGAUGGGUGUGUAUGAAGAGGAUUGUGAAUUUGCAGACCCAGCAGGGGGUUCCUUCAAAGGGCUGCGCAGGUUCAAGAGGAACUGCACCAAUUUCGGGCACCUCGUCCAGAAAUCAAACCUCAAACUUGUCAAGUGGGAGGAUUUUGAGGAAAAGGCGAUUGGGCACUGGCGUUUCAGAUGUAUUUUGGCUUUCCCAUGGAAACCCACACUUUCAGCUAGUGGUUAUACGGAGUAUUACUUGAGCGCGGAGUCGGGCAAAGUAUGGAGGCAUGUGGAGCACUGGAAUGUACCAAAGUUGGCUUUGUUCAAGCAACUUCUCACCCCCAAAUUAGGCUCCUAAUUGCAAUUAUUUGAAUCAUUUAGCUUAAGAACAUGCAUGAUUGUGCCAUCAUGUAAUAUUUGGACUAUUUUAGGCCCAUCAACUAAAUAUCUUCGAUCGUA